AUGCCAACGGUCAGGUUACGACGAGGGGUCCCAGUUCGCUCCAAAAUCACAGUGGAAGAACCAACGAGAGUGUCAUGGUGCACUUUGCUGGGGUUCGAGGGAACGAGUGAGGACCUUGGGGAUGACGAGCUUGGAGAAGAACUGUCCGAUGAGGCUUGGGGAGUCACCCAGGAGGAGGAGGCAGCAUUCGAGCCUGAUGGCACGUAUGUUCGUCUGCCUUCUGGGAGAAUAGAUCUACUGAAACUGGAACCUGCUUGUCCACCCACGAUACCGAGGAAAAGUAAAAAAACCAAGUCACACAAGAAACCCACUGCUUCGAAAAAAUGGAGCCAUCAGAAAAAAGUAAAAACACCUCUGUAUCUUCAACCAGUGCCUCCCAACCAUGCCAUACCAAUGCCCAUUCCACACAGAGGCUAUUACAACAAUUUCCAAAGAAUUCCUCCUGCUUCUGCUCCUCCUUACGUGGGAUAUGCUGGACCUCCCGGAUUUUUCGGGAAUCAGCGGAAUCAGCCGCAUCUUCCACCACCACCACCUGCAAUGAAAUGCAACCUGCAACGACAACAACAACAAAUGCCGGGUGUACCAAUGGGACCAUAUUAUUACAAUCAACAGCAACAACAACCUUCGUGGGGAGCUGGAGCUGGAGGUCAUUACCGUCAACAACAACCAGGGCAUUCUCAACAUCCACCCCCUGCCAUGCCUUACAAUCUAAAGCAAGAACAACCUGUAGGUCAACCUUGGUACCACAAUGGACAAAUGAAUUACAGUCAUCAUGAACCAGGUCCUCCCCAAGAACAGCAACAACUACAACCUUCGUGGGGAGCCUAUUAUUCCAAUCAGCAACAACAACCUUCUUAUGGAGCCGGAGCUGGAGUUCAUUACCAUCAACAACAACCUUCUGCUUCAGUAGGUCCUGGAUUCUACAAUGGACAAUUGAAUUACAAUCAACAUCCACCCCCUGUCAUGAAUUACAAUCAAGAGCAAGAACAGCCUGCUCAGGGAGUUGGUCAACCUUGUUACCACCAUGGACAAAUGAAUUACAAUGACCAAAGGACAGGCCCUUCCCAAGAACCGCCGCAACUGCAACAACAGCAAAUGGGAAUGUAUGGCAAUCAUCAGCAACAACAACCUUCAUGUGGAGCAGAAGCCGGAGUUCAUUACUGUCAGCAACAGCCUUCUCCUUCAAUGGGUCAUGGAUACUACAAUGGACAAAUGAGUUACAAUCAACAACAACCAGGGCAUUUUCAACAUCCAGUCCCUGCCACGAAUUACAAUCUAAAGCAAGAACAACCUGCAGUGGGAGCAGGUCAACCUUGGUACCACAAUGGACAAAUGAAGUACAAUGAUCAAAGGACAGGCCCUUCCCAAGAACCGCCGCAACUGCAACAACAGCAAAUGGGAAUGUAUGGCAAUCAGCAGCAACAACAACCUACAUUGGAAGUUGGUCAAACGUUUCCCAGUGGAGAAAUGCAUGACAAUCAACAACAACAACCAGGCUAUUCUUUACAUCCACCACCUGUGAUGUAUUGCAACCCACAAAAACAACCAACACCAGGAGUUGGUCCUGGGUUCUCUAUUGCACAAGUGAAUUUGACUCAACAACAACCAUCUCCUUUCCAACAACAACAACAGCAGCAGCAGCAGCAACAAGCAGGAAUGUAUGGUGAUCAAGGGCAACAACAGCCUGCUUUAUUAGUAGGUCCUGGCUUUGCUGGUGUACAAACCGAGGAUGGCACCAUGACAACACCUAGAAAUGUGCAACCAGGAACUGUGCUUGUAGGAAAGAGCAAUGAUGUUUAUGUGCUUAACAAUGCUGGCGAUGGUGGCAAACCUGAGUUCAGGCCUGUCCACUCAAUUUGUGGAAAGAAAGGAUUUGCCAGUCUCCUGGAGGUCAAAUUCAUGUUGGAGUUCUACUACAAAGGAAGCACCAUUAUUGGGCCAAUGAACCACAGCAGUCAAGAGGGACAGUUGUAUUGUGUGGUGGCAGGUGCAAACCGAACAGACUUCCACUGUGUUCGGCGUCAUGGAAGAUACUGGUUGGAAGAAUUGAGAGAAGAAAAAGAAGUCACCCGCAUAGAUUCCACACAAGGCAACAUGGAGCUUCAUCACGCGGCAACACCAACUUAUGCCGAACCAGACUCGCUUCCAGCCACCACACAACAGCCAAGAACCACUGCAACCCAAAUGCGUUGUCAAGAAUCAUCACUGUGUACCCCCAUAGCUCAGGAACGCGCAUUCCCAACUACUGCAGAACAGCCCUGCCCUCCACAAACUGCAUCGGCUGCCAUUGCUCCUCAGGCCUCUUUUCAGCUGUUUGAACCCAGUUCACCCAAAACGCAAGCAACACUAUGUCAAACGUCGAUUGAAACUUUGGCGUCUCCUCAGCCUGCCCGACAGGAUUGCAGGUCUCAAGAAGCCCCUGCGGCACAAAUCACAGCAACCGCAGAUACUUCACAUGAGAUGGAAUCGGAAUCUGAGCCCGCAACAGCCAUCGUGGCCCCGGAAAACAAGGAUCGCACUCCUGAAGAACCUGAUAUUGUGCCUCGAGAGGGCCCCUCGCUCACUUUAGGUGGGUACGUCUCACCCACACAUCCAGAGCAGUGUGCAUCCCAAGGUGCAGACGAAAGAGGUCAUGUCUUCCACGGUGAAGGGCAAGCUGGACCUGAUGCUGUGGCGAGUGCGAUAGUCACUCCCAAUUCUUUUCCACCCUCAUUAACAGGCCAAGGGGAUUUAAGCCUUAAUGUGCCUCUUCCAGAAGUGGUCAACAGGAAUAACGUACUUUCCCCCAAUAGCCACACAGCUGGUCUACCAACAUCUGAACUAGUUGGUGAGAAUCCUCUCAUGCCAAUCCCAACAACUCCGCCGCGACAACAACAAUGGGAUUUUAGAGGUUUGAACGAAGCAGAAACCAACCAACUAGAGGUAGCAAAUCCAAUUCUCUUCAGACCUGUGCACAACGUCAACGCAAGAGGCGGAUAUGGCACUCCUUGGAGAGCGAAGAAAGCCUUGUUGAAAUACAAGUGCGGAGCUUCACCAGGCAAUCAGCCGUUCGAACCCGGUGCAGAGAGUAUCCAAUCUUCGGAGUACUUUGUCCUCUACGAUAAAUCAUUGGCAGAGGAAGCUUCCAACUUGGCAGAGGAAGCUUCCAACUUGGCGGAGCAAGCCACGAUAUAUAGGACGGUGCAACAGAACGGAAGGUAUUGGCUGGAACAAGUGUGCUUCGAAGACAGACAAACAAGAGAUUGUUAUCGUGAAAGUAUCUAG